AUGAACAACCAAACUGUCAUCUCCCACUUCCUCCUCCUGGGCCUGCGCAUUUCCCCAGAGCACCAGCACCUGUUCUAUGCCCUGUUCCUGGCCAUGUACCUCACUACUGUCCUGGGGAACCUCAUCAUCAUCAUCCUCAUUCUACUGGACUCCCAUCUGCACACACCCAUGUACUUGUUUCUCAGCAACUUGUCCUUCUCUGACCUCUGCUUUUCCUCUGUCACAAUGCCCAAAUUGCUGCAGAACAUGCAGAGUCAUGAUCCAUCCAUUCCUUAUGCAGGUUGUCUGACACAAAUAUACUUUUUAAUGGUUUUUGGAGACAUGGAGAGCUUCCUUCUUGUGGUCAUGGCUUAUGACCGCUAUGUGGCCAUCUGCUACCCCCUUCGGUACACCAGUAUAAUGAACACCAAGCUCUGUGUGAAUCUAGUAGCGCUGUCCUGGGUCCUUACUUUGUUACACUCCAUGUUUCAUACCCUGCUCCUGACUAGAUUGUCAUUCUGUGAGGACAACGUGAUCCCCCAGUUUUUCUGUGACAUAUCUGUUCUGUUCAAGUUGGCCUGCUCUGACAGUUAUAUUAAUGAACUAAUGAUAUUUAUCUUGGGAGGGCUCGUCAUUGUUACCCCAUUCUUACUCAUUGUUGUUUCCUAUUUACAAAUUGUCUCCUCCAUCCUGAGAGUUUCAUCUACUCGGGUUAUCCACAAGGUCUUUUCCACUUGUGGCUCCCACCUGUCUGUGGUCUCACUAUUCUAUGGGACAAUUAUUGGUCUCUACCUAUGUCCUUCUGCUAAUAACUCUACUGUGAAGGAAACUUCCAUGGCCAUGAUGUACACAGUGGUGACUCCCAUGAUGAACCCCUUCAUCUACAGCCUGAGGAACAGAGAUAUGAAAGAAGCCCUGAUAACAGUCCUUUGUAAGAAGAAAAUCUCCUUAUGGUAG